AUGUCAGGCUUACAGCGCCGUAGGGUGAAUAAGUCUGAAUCUGGAAUCUCCGAGGAACCGAUAAGUACCAUCAAUGAUGAGGACUACGAUAAAAGAAGAGUGGCAUAUGACCCAGAGGAGGUCAAGCUUAAAGAAAGCACUCAUAUCCCAAAGCUGACCUUGAUGGAAGAGGUUCUUCUACUAGGAUUGAAGGAUAAAGAGGGUUAUCUCUCCUUCUGGAACGAUAACAUAUCAUACGCUCUACGUGGCUGUAUUCUUAUUGAACUUACACUUAGAGGAAAGAUAAGAGUUGUGAACGAUUCAUCACGUAAAAGAUUCGAAGUCUCCGAGAGACUAGUUGAAGUUAUAGACAGUAGCAAAACGGGUGAGGUUCUUCUUGACGAAGCAUUGAAUCUCAUGAAAAAUGAUGAACCUCUGUCAAUCGCCAAUUGGAUCGAUCUUCUAAGUGGUGAAACAUGGAACUUGCUCAAAAUUAACUAUCAACUAAAGCAAGUUAGAGAAAGGCUAGCUAAGGGUUUGGUCGAUAAGGGCGUUUUGAGAACUGAAAUGAAGAACUUUUUCCUAUUCGAUAUGCCAACGCACCCGAUUACAGAUACUAGCUGUAAGGAGGCGAUCAAGAGAAGAAUUCUAUCUGUCCUGGUAUCAAGAAACAUGGAAUUAAACUACAAUGAAUAUUUCCCAGAGAACGUAACGUUUAAGAUUAUAAGAACACUUUCCCUUAUUUGUGGCUCUUACGGUGCCAAUGUUUUGGAAAAUGUUCUUUCAAGCCUCGAAUACGAGAAAAGAGACAGAGCAUUUUCUCGCGCAGACGAAAUCUUGGCGCAAUUCUCUCAGUAUCCAUUUGGUCUCGACAAAGCAACUGAGUCCGGGGUAUCUGUCAAUUUGAAUAAAGAGGUUCAAGAGGAGAUCGCCCAAAAUCCAGACACAGACUUACAGCUUGAAGUUGUUGCUGGUGUCUUUGAAGUCUUUUCAAGAAUGGAUUCUUUGUUGUAA